CCCCGCGGGCGUGCCAGACCUCCCGGGGCCCGUCCGCCCGCCUGGCCCAGACUUCGGCAGCGGGGCCCCCGAUGGCAGUGGGCACCUCCCUGUGAAACCUGCCAAGCUGGACGCCACAGCUCCGCACGCCGACGCUUUGGCCAGCCCCGUGCCCCCUCUGGAGGUGUGCGGCCAUGCGGUCCUAGCCUGCGGCCCCGGCAUCCCCGAGGAGCACUACGUGAGCGAGGCUGUGGAAGAUGCUCCCAGCUGCAGAGGGUACCGGGAUGCCUGCACCAUCACCGACGUGUGCAACAGCACCGACCUUCCGGAAGUCGAGAUCAUCAGCCUGCUGGAGGAGCAGCUGCCCCAUUACAGGUUAAGAGCCGACACCAUCUACGGUUAUGACCACGACGACUGGCUCCACACGCCCCUCCUUUCUCCGGAUGCCAACAUCGACCUCAGCACCGAGCAGAUCGAAGAGACGCUGAAGUACUUCCUCUUAUGCGCUGAAAGAGUCGGCCAGAUGACUAAGACGUAUAAUGACAUUGAUGCUGUGACUCGGCUUCUUGAGGAGAAAGAGCGAGAUUUAGAACUGGCCGCUCGGAUCGGCCAGUCGUUGUUGAAGAAGAACAAGACGCUGACCGAGAGGAACGAGCUGCUGGAAGAGCAGGUGGAACACAUCAGGGAGGAGGUGUCUCAGCUCCGGCACGAGCUGUCCAUGAAGGAUGAGCUCCUGCAGUUCUACACCAGCGCCGCCGAAGAGAGCGAGCCCGAGUCCGUGUGCUCCACCCCGCUGAAGAGGAACGAGUCGUCCUCCUCCGUGCAGAACUACUUUCAUCUGGAUUCCCUUCAGAAGAAGCUCAAGGACCUGGAGGAGGAGAACGUUGUGCUCCGGUCCGAGGCCUGCCAGCUGAAGACGGAGACCAUCACCUACGAAGAGAAGGAGCAGCAGCUGGUCAACGACUGUGUGAAGGAGCUGAGGGACGCCAACGUGCAGAUUGCCAGUAUCUCGGAGGAGCUGGCCAAGAAGACCGAGGAUGCUGCUCGCCAGCAAGAGGAGAUCACACACCUGCUGUCACAGAUAGUUGACUUGCAGAAGAAGGCCAAAGCUUGCGCUGUGGAAAAUGAGGAGCUGGUCCAGCACCUGGGGGCUGCCAAGGAUGCCCAGCGGCAGCUCACGGCCGAGCUGCGCGAGCUGGAGGACAAGUACGCGGAGUGCAUGGAGAUGCUGCACGAGGCGCAGGAGGAGCUCAAGAACCUGCGGAACAAGAGCGUGCCCAGCACUGCGUCCCGCCGCUACCACUCGCUGGGCCUGUUCCCCAUGGACUCCCUGGCGGCAGAGAUCGAGGGCACGAUGCGCAAGGAGCUGCAGCUGGAAGAGCCGGAGUCUCCAGACCUCGCUCACCAGAAGCGAGUCUUUGAGACGGUGAGGAACAUCAACCAGGUCGUCAAGCAGAGGUCUCUGACCCCGUCCCCCAUGAACAUCCCCGGCUCCAAUCAGUCCUCAGCCAUGAACUCCCUCCUGUCCAGCUGCGUCAGCACCCCGCGGUCCAGCUUCUACGGCAGCGACAUUGGCCACGUGGUCCUGGACAACAAGACCAACAGCAUCAUCCUGGAAGCCGAGUCUGCCGACCUGGGGAACGAUGAGCGGACCAAGAAGCCCGGGACGCCGGGCACCCCCGGCUCCCACGACCUGGAGACGGCGCUCCGGCGGCUGUCCCUCCGCCGGGAGAACUACCUCUCGGAGCGGAGGUUCUUCGAGGAGGAGCAGGAGCGGAAGCUCCGGGAGCUGGCGGAGAAGGGCGAGCUGCUCAGCGGCUCCCUCACGCCCACGGAGAGCAUCAUGUCCCUCGGCACCCACUCCCGCUUCUCCGAGUUCACCGGCUUCUCGGGCAUGUCCUUCGGCAGCCGCUCCUACCUGCCCGAGAAACUGCAGAUCGUGAAGCCGCUGGAAGGCUCCGCCACCCUCCACCACUGGCAGCAGUUGGCCCAGCCCCACCUCGGGGGCAUCCUGGACCCCCGGCCCGGUGUGGUCACCAAGGGCUUCCGGACACUGGACGUUGACCUGGACGAAGUGUACUGCCUUAAUGACUUUGAAGAAGACGACACAGGUGACCGCCUUCCCCUCCCGGGCCUAGCUACCUCCACGCCAGUGCAGCACCCAGAGACCUCAGGUGAGGGGUCCCCAGCCCGCGUGACUGUCUCAGGCGGCAGAAGUCACCCACGCCGGCCGCAGGCCUUCCCAGAGGAGAUGCAGGAGCCGCCAGUGGCCGAGGAGGAGGAGGAGGAGGGGUCUGCACACCACCCUGGGAAGUGCAUGUCACAGACCAACUCCACCUUCACCUUCACCACAUGUCGCAUCCUGCAUCCUUCCGAUGAACUCACGAGGGUCACGCCAAGCCUUAACUCGGCUCCGACUCCAGCCUGUGGUAGCGCCGGCCACUUGAAGUCCACGCCGGUGGCCACCCCGUGCACUCCGCGGAGACUGAGCCUGGCCGAGUCCUUCACCAACGUGCGCGAGUCCACGACCACCAUGAGCACGUCGCUGGGGCUGGUGUGGCUGCUGAAGGAGCGUGGCAUCUCCGCGGCCGUCUACCACCCCCAGGGCUGGGACCGGGCCGGCCGGGGCUCCCUCCUGCACGCCUACGCGCCCAGGAUGGCGGCGAUCCCCUCCACGCCCCCCAACUCGCCUAUGCAGACACCCACGUCUUCCCCCCCCUCCUUCGAGUUCAAGUGCACGAGCCCUCCGUACGACAACUUCCUGGCGUCCAAGCCUGCCAGCUCCAUCCUGAGGGAGGUGAGGGAGAAGAAGAGCGUGCGGAGCAGCGAGAGCCAGACAGACGUGUCUGUCUCCAACCUCAACCUCGUGGACAAAGUCAGGAGGCUCGGCGUGGCCCGAGUGGUGAACUCAGGGCGAGCCCACGUCCCCGCCUUGACUGAGGACCAGGGACCCCUCCUCUGCGGGCCCCCGGGCCCCACCCAGGCCCUCGUGCCCGGAGGCCUGGUCCCUGAGGGCCUGCCUCUCGGGUGCCCCAGCGUCACGAGUGCCAUCGGCGGGCUGCAGCUCGCCAGCGGCAUCCGGAGGAACCGCAGCUUCCCCACCAUGGUGGGGUCCAGCAUGCAGAUGAAGGCCCCCGUGACUCUCGCCUCGGGCAUCUUGAUGGGUGCUAAGCUCCCCAAACAAACUAGCUUCCGGUGAGGACGGGAGGGGGGCCCUUCCCCUGGAGGAGGCCAGCCUUGCUCCUGCCUCCCUCCCGCCCCCCUGCACUGCACACUCUCCCUCUCUCUUCCUCCGCCCCUCCCCUCUUGAGCUAGACAAAUCAACCUCGUGCCUCAUGGGGGAAGAGUGGACACUUGGCACAGCGUGUACAUAGGACUCGGAGACCUUGUGUCCACCCUGCCCUUUCUCCGUCUCCCACGGGAAGGGCCCUGGCGCCGUCACCGCUGUCACUGGGACUUUGUGCAGCCGGGGGACAGGGGCAGGCGGGUGGCCCUUUCUCCUCCUCUGGGAAGCACUGAAAUCCCAAGUGCAUUCUUAUCCUAUGGAUAGGAAACCAGUGAAUCCGUGGCCGGCUCCCGGGGCUGUCCGUUGCGAGCUGGCAGGGGGCACAGGCCUCUGCCCCUGGUGUCGCCGGACGCCUCCCCUUGCUCCUCGCAGAAGAAGCGGGGGCCUCGGGCUGUGCCACACGCAGCUGAUGUAGCUUUCGGGAUUGGGGGGCCGUUCUUUCUUUCAGGGGUGGCCCGGCCUCCUCAAGACCGUCUCUGCUUCAAAGGAGAGUGGCUUCUUUUUUUUUGAGGUGGGACUUUUUUUUCCCCAUGCCUUCUACCUGAGUCCCCCUUCUGUGUCCUGUAAUCGUGUGUCAGGCCGGACGUCUGACCUGAAAGAAUGUAUUCACACUCCUGCAGUGCCCUGUCCCCCGUGUGUUCUGCGUGUGGCUUUCGUUUUCCGUUUUUUAUAUGCAGCGAAGUAAUGGUACUAGAUGGCAAGUCACAGCCCCUGUCCUGUGGGUCUGGGACCCUGAUGUCACACGGUUUCCAAUAUACCAGACCGCUACCGAGAUGGCGGCAGAGUCUGGGGACCCAGUGUCACAACCCAAUCGGGACCAGACCCGAGACACUUCUGACAAUAGGAUUAAAAGGAAAGGAGGGAGGGGGCAAGGCUGUGAGCGGAAUUCGUCAACAGUGAAAGUGAAAAGACCCACAGCCACAUGUACUACCACACCGGGUCAUGGGGGAGGGAGGCGUGGGCGUCCCGCUGGCUCCCGUCCUUCCUGGGGCCCGAGGUCCGCCCGGGCGCCAUCACGCCCAUGGUCUGGAUGCGGGCGUCCAGCGCCCACACCUGUGCCCUCGCAUCUCAGCGCCCAGUGGCUACAAUCAGGCGUCGUGUCCCGCCCCCUCCCCGAACCCUGUAUCUCCUUGUGCCGCCGUUCAGGAAGCGAUGGAGGGGCCUGUGGCAAGAGCCGCGCGUGAACCAGGGAGCCUGGUCCUGCUGGCGUCGCUGACAAAGUCCGGAACUCUUAUUUAUUAUUUAUGUGUGCUGUGUUUUAACCAUCCACCCUCCUGUCCGGUUCAGUCACAGCGUGGCUGUGGCAUUCCAGUCCGAGCAGGUGACUUGUUUAUCCGCGCCCGAGGACCGUGCUGUCCCUUCGGGCCCCUCGGCCCUUCGUUCCAGCCGCUCCUGGAAGGUCACAUCACAGGCAGAUGAAAUCAUCCCCGGCCCCACCCCUGCGCCUCGCCCCACCCCUCCCCAGACGUGUCCGGCUCCGUGUACACUGACGCCCACCAAAGCGUCGCUGAGAAAGUCUGAAAGGAGCAAACGUCAGUGCCCCGAUUUUAGAUUAUUUAUUCUCAGAACACGAGGGUGCGGGGUGUUUUCAGCCCUCCUCCUGGUUGUCUGCGUGCACUCACUGCAAGGAAAUUUUUUAUUUGAAUGUAUUUUAAAGCAGUAGGUAGAAUAACAAAGUAGGAAAGCCACGAACUGAUGGACCACUUGGUGUAUUCGGAGAGGGGCCACCACCACCACUGAGGAAAUCCCGGUGAGGAAAUCGGCCGCCCAGAGGUUGCAGGACUUAGCAUAGCUCACCAUCAACCUUGUGCAACCACUGCAUCAAAAAACAAUACGAUUUCAUCCUCUAAUGAAUAUCAAUAAAAUAAGUUCAAAUGAUGGAAAACACA